AUGGAGCUCACCAUUUAAGCUAAAGGGACUGAAUUGUAUUAAUUUACAGUGCUGCUUAAAAGGCCUGCUAAUUGUUUUGCCAGCAGUAUGGCUGCAACUAACUCAGUACCAAGUGGACACACGUAUCCAGAUAUUGAAUUGUUUGUCAAGGCUGGUGGUGACGGGGAAAGCAUUGGAAACUGCCCAUUCUCCCAGCGGCUCUUCAUGAUCCUUUGGCUAAAAGGUGUGAUAUUUAACGUCACAACAGUUGACCUAAAAAGGAAGCCUGCCGACUUACAAAAUCUGGCGCCUGGCACAAACCCUCCAUUUCUGACCUUCAAUGGGGAAGUCAAAACAGAUGUGAACAAGAUAGAAGAAUUUCUGGAAGACAAAUUGGUACCACCAAGGUAUCCAAAGCUUUCUGCCAGACAUCCAGAAUCGAAUUCAGCAGGAAAUGAUGUAUUUGCGAAGUUUUCAGCAUAUAUUAAAAAUGCUCGGAAAGAUGCAAAUGAAAGUUUGGAAAAGGCUUUACUGAAAUCGCUGAAAAAACUAGAUGAUUAUUUAAACACACCUUUACCUGAAGAAAUUGAUGCCAAUAGCACAGAGGAAGAUAUUUGUUCUAAUAGAAAAUACCUAGAUGGAGAUUAUUUGACCUUGGCAGAUUGCAAUCUCCUGCCAAAGCUUCACAUUAUCAAGAUUGUAGCAAUGAAAUACCGAAACUUUGAAAUCCCAAAGGAAAUGACUGGAAUUUGGAGAUACUUGAACAAUGCUUAUGAAAGAGAGGAAUUUGUAAACACGUGCCCUGCGAAUCGUGAGAUUCAGAUUGCAUAUUUAGAUGUUGCAAAGAGAAUGAAAUAAGUCCAUUACUGUAACUCAGAAUGUAUAUACGAUGUUUUGCGUGUCAGAGUGCAAUUUGUUACUAAAUAAUCAGUCAAAGUUAUUCAGUUUCUAAAACGUUGAACAGUGCUACACAUUUUUACCCUUUGCAUUUGGAAGAUAAUUAAAGAUGACCUAUAUGCAAUAAUUACGCUUAAUACUAAUGUUCAGUUGAUCAUUUUAUUGAAAAAGGGAAUAAUUAAGAGAGAUGUAAUACUGGCAGAAAUACAAGUAAGAAUUUGGAAUGUGUAGCAUUACCCUAAUCAAAAAUGUAUUAGUGAAAACUUAGCAUCUUAGGAGCAGGACU